CUUGGCAACAGAAAAUGAGAGAUUAUUAACCAACAAUAACAACCUUAAUAAACAAAUAGAGCAGUUAACUCAGCAGAAAAAUACAAUGAUUCUAAAAGCAGAGGGAUGGAAAGAAUAUCAAUCCAGUCUGUACUUCAUUUCAUCUGAAAAGAAGAGCUGGAGUGAGAGCAGAAGAUACUGUAGAGAGAGAGGAGCAGAUCUGAUCAUCAUUAACAACGGAGAGGAAGAAGAUUUUAUUGAUGAGAUUUCUGUUGAGGACAAACACUGGAUUGGUUUGUCUGACAGUGAGGUAGAGGGCAGAUGGAAAUGGGUUGAUGGCAGCACACUGAGCUAUAGUGUUAAUGAACAGAACCAGAGAGCAAAGAAGAGCACAGAGAUUUUGGUUGUAGACAGAAUGAAAAUGGAGAUGAUCUAUGAGAACGUAGCUGACUACAGGACACAGACAGGCGUCAAUACAAACAGACAACAACCACUUCAGUCUACAGGAAGUGAGCGUGUGAGGAUGAGAAGUUACAGAUCAGUUUCAGUGUGUUUGGUGCUGCUGUGUGUUCUUCUACUGACUGCAGUCAUAGUGCUGUGUGUCCUCAUCAAUACAAACAAUCAACAGUUUAACAUCAAGAAUAAAAACAUCACAGAAGAGAGAGAGCAGCUACUAACCAAAUAUACCAACAUCACAGAAGAGAGAGACCAGCUACUAACCAAAUAUACCAACAUCACAGAAGAGAGAGACCAGCUACUAACCAAAUAUACCAUUACAGAUGGAUGGAUUCAAUAUCGGUUCAGUUUGUACUUCAUUUCAUCUAAAAAGAAGAGCUGGACUGAGAGCAGAAGAUACUGUACACAGAAAGGAGCAGAUCUGCUCAUCAUUAAUAACAAAGAGGAACAAGAUUUUGUUCAGAAAAUUUCUAGUACAAACCACAUCUGGAUUGGUUUGUCUGACAGUGAUAAGGAGGGCAGAUGGAAAUGGGUUGAUGGCAGCACACUGACCUCUGGAUUCUGGUCACCUAAAGAACCCAAUGGUGGAAGAGGAGAGAACUGUGCUGAGUCUUAUUCAUCAAAGUGGAAUGAUUUGCCAUGUAAUCAUGCUCGCAAAUGGAUCUGUAAGAAAAACUUAAAAUAA